CUUAGUACGGUGGCAUUUUUUUCAUAGAUAAGAGGGCCUUCGAAAUCGUUUCUGGCUUGUCUUCGUUAGUCGAAUGCUGUCUAUCUUCGGCUGCUGUAGAAGUGAAUCGAAAUUGUUGACAUUCCGCUUACUUGUCUAGCGUGAUAAAUUUUGUUAAGUGAGUUCUUAUAUUUUAAUCCAAGAGUUCCAUAUUAAUAACGGUAAUUAGUAAUCGCUUAUAUAUCGAGCACCGUUCGGUUCUGAGUGAUCUGUUAAACGUUGCGAGGUGGAAGUUCUGAGAAUGUGAAGACAGACUUGUGCAAACAUAUGUCUAUCUGAAGACCUAUUUUCCAGUUGUGUUUGAUAUCGCCUGAGAAAUUUGCAGGAAGAAACGAGUAGCAGAGAGGCGGUUAAUCGAGAACAUAUCUGUGACAUUCACGACAAAUCGAUAACUUUGAAAGGAGACAUGGGGGUGACGAAAUUCAGCGGUACGACGAUGGACAGAUUGACUGAUACGACCGAGAAAAUCGUCGAGAAGAAGAGUGCGUGCAUAAAGAUAGACGAAGUAACAAGCGAAGAGGAUAAGAUCACCUUGGAGGAUUUGGCGCCGGACGGUGGCUGGGGAUGGAUGAUCGCACUGGCGAUGAUACUAAUUAUUAUCACUACAAUCGGCCCGUCGUCAUCGUUCGCCAUAAUUUUCGGUGACUUCCUGGAAGAAUCGGGGAUGGCUGGUAUGGCGUCGAGUCUCUUCAAUUCCGUCUUCAUGAUCACAUACUCCAUUUCUAGUAUGAUGACUAAUAUGUUUUUAAAAAGAUACUCUGUGAGAUCUGUCGGAAUUAUGGGAGCGCUCUUUUUCGCGAUACCAGACAUCAUCCUCGCGUUCGUUCGGAAUAUAUACGAAAUGGCUUUCCUCUUCUUCCUGCAAGGUUUUGGACUAGGUUUGAUCCUUACGAUCUGCAACACGGUUUUUAAUGCGUACUUCGUGAAGAAACGAGCGAAAGUAAUGAGCGCGUCGCAAGUCGUCAUCGCUUUGGGCGGUAUCAUUUAUCCAAUGUUGACCGAGAAAAUGAUGAUGUCGUACGGCUUUCGCGGUACUGCUGCGAUCAUGGGAGCGUUGAGUUUGAACAGUGUCGUCGGUAUGACAUUGAUGCAUCCCGUGGAAUGGCACGCCAGGAAGCCGAAGGAGGUCCUUGCCGAGAGAGCGCGUGCGAGACAGGAGAAAUAUCGGGAGCAUUAUUUGGCACUGUCGAAACGCCGAUCGACUAUCGACGUGAUCUACGCCUCCUCCAAGGCUAGAUGGAGCAGUCUACGUAGCUUGAAGGAGGAGAAUUGCAAAGAGAUGUCAUUGUUGAUCGAGAAUCUCAAGACUCCUGCGCAUAGGGUCGCGUCGCAUCCAACGAUCGAGGGCGAAAUCCGCGGCAGGUCAGGGUCUAUACGAGAAAGUUUAACGAAAGGUAUAUCGACUCUUUCAACGUCCAGUUUGGCCAAUUUGGCGAGCGACGUCAGCGCAUUGAGCGACAUGCGGCAACGUCACCUGGAGAAGAAGAACAAAAAGAGACAGUGGGAAACGGAUUUUCAAGAAAAAACGAAGAAUGAGAAACAGGACGUGUUCGAAGAAAAACAGGAAGAGGAGGUGCAAACAGAGUGCAAGACUAUUCUGAACGAAUUAGUGGACAUGUCGCUGGUAAAGAACUGUUGCUUUUUAAACUUGUGCUUUGGCGUCAGUUUCGUGUGCACCGCUGACUAUGCCUUUUCUUCUUUGCUCCCUCUCAUGAUGACUGACGCAGGAUACACCAAGGCAGACGGCGCAAGAACUGUCACGUUAAGCGGGACAACCGAGCUGAUUUCGAAAGUCUUAUUGGCUGUUUUUACGCUGAUAGUUAACGUACAAUCAAAAUACAUGUUUUUCGUAGCUAUGAUCCUCAUGGAAUUCGCGAGGAUCGGAUUCUUGCUGUGCGAGCAUACGUUGACGGGCGCGCUUAUUAUGAUUGCGAUAAUUGGAGUUGUGCGACCAUGGCUGCUAGUUCCGCAGCCUCUGGUCAUUAUCGAGGACAUUAGUAUAAAGAAGCUCGCCUCGGCUUAUGGCAUCAGCGCGGUUAUCGCUGGUUUGGUCACAGUGAUAUUCGGCGCUUUAGUAGGAUUCAUCAAGGAUUGGACUAACAGUUACAAAAUGUACCAAAUCUCUUUAUUGGUGAUGAACGGCGUUUUUAUUGUACCAUGGGCUGUUCAAUUCGUUCUCGUGGAAAAACGACGGAGGCAACGUGCAACCACUAAGAAUUCUUUACCCACUGUUUAAUGGUAAAAAGAGACGAUUAGAUAUGAAACGUUGUGUACUCAUAGUGAAAUCAUAGUGACAUGUGUUGACACACGAAUUGUUUAAUAGACGAGUGAAGGAGUGACAAUGAUAAAAAUGAACUGUAUCUUCGGCAAUUAUUCAUUUCGAGUGGUAAUACUCGAUACAUAACGAAUACCUCCGAUUCAUAUAAUGUUUGAGGACUUUUUCAUUUGUACUAAAAAAGUAUCUUGUGGUGCUGCAUUUUUCAUUUUGUACAUGUACGAAGCAAGUGUGGAUUUUUUAAGUGAAAUAUAUUAUAGUAGUAGAUAAAUAAUUAGUGCUGUACCAUGAAUAAUCUUUAUU